UCUUUAGCUUCAGAAAGCACAGAUGUUUACCUGACGGCGACGAUACAGGGGAACUGUAGCACACGUUCAGAAGUUGCUGCGAAAUUUCCAGAAAUGGUUAGAUAAUCUACUUGAUCCUUAUACCGGAGUGUAUAGAAUUCUGCCAUAACAUUUAUCAUUAAAAGGGAGUCUUAAUAAAUGUGCUCUUGAACGAAAUCUCAAUAUUUUUGGUAAAACAAAAUGACAUUUUGAACGAUCUUCAAUUAUGAAACAAGUAUUCGAAGUUACAUUUUCUCUUUAAAUGUCCUUCCAGGCUUGUCAAAUUGCCUUUAAGUUUGGCUGCUCAUCCGCCAACACCGUGAACACGAGGUAAGGUGCAGUUUGUCUCAACACUGAAACAACAAACCUUGGUUUAUUACAUCAAAAACGCUCUUUUGGUCAAAUAUCAACGUAUUUUAACACUUAAAAGUCACCAAAUUACAAAUAGAAUGCCGAAUAGGGCACCGUGCUGUAAAGAGCAACAAAUAUUAGGAAAAGGUAAUGCAAUAAUAUUUCCAAAGUUGACAAAUGUUUGAAUAGGUGAAGAGUGUAAAAGCGGAUGAAGAAACUACUUGCAAACCUAAAUGAACUCUUCCCACGAUUUCUUUUUGUUUAAUACCGACUGUAUAAUCAGUCAUAACUUAUGAGUCUUACUCUUUUCGGCACGGUGUUCGAUUCGGCAUUUUACAUCCUUCCCCCCCUACUUAGGUGUGGCAGUGUUGUUCUCGACUUCAUGAUGAGGUUCAAUCGAAGUGUAGUCGUCAGCGAUGUUUUGACUGUCCUGUUGGAUGCUGCAAGGCAAGAGAAAUUCGGAGGUUUCAAAGUCGAUCCAGAAUCAAUUAAACAGGUUUUUAUAACCACAGACGGCUCGGAAAGCACAACAAAAAGUAUGUUUUACAAAGAAAUAUAAUUGCUAAAUGUUUACACGUAUUCGUCCGAAGAUGGACAUUUUUAAUUGUAUUCCGUAUCUGUUUAAUUAAACAAGUCAAUUCUGUGAGUCAUAUAUUUCCAAGUUUUGUUUUCGUCUCUUUUGUUGUUUCUAUUAAAUUAAAAAAAAUCUUACUUUUAAAAAUUAUUAUAGAGAGAGUAGCACCUUGCUUUUCCUUAGUACCUAGCCAAUUCGAGUUAACGGUUUUCGUUCUAGAGCAUAAGCUAUGUAGUGAGAGCAGUGUACUGACCGCGAUCACUGUAAAUGUUGUUUGAAUGUUACCUGAUCAAGCUUUGUAAAAUGAAUCAUUUUAGGUCCUGAGGAAUGUACCUGCCCAUCUAACAACGUCUCGUUAGCCAUAAAUGGGGUUCUUGCCUUCAUAAUCGUUCUUCUAAUUAUUUACAUAAUCUGGCUACAUAAGAAAGGUAGGUAAAAAAUUCAUAAUCUAUGAUAGAGGGUUUGGCUGCAAGAUUCAUUAUUAAGCAAAAGGAAAUCUUGACCCACAUUCACAUCAUUUGCCUUUUUUUUCCUUUCGUUCUUUUCCAGGCGCUGUGGGGAAGCAGAGGUAAGAAUUUGCUGCCACUUGGAGUGUGUCGAUGUAAUGUAACAGAUAUGGUAUCAUCUUAUAACAAACUUCCAUUUAAAACUGAUGAGAUUCUCAGCUCGUCAUAAAUAUUUGUAUGCUUUCUCAAUUGUAGGAUUUAUGAAGAUGAAAGAGGUGUUUCCUACGUAAGUUACAGCUAAGACAUUGAGGUCAUGUUAGUGUGGCCUGUAAUUAUGUAAUCUCACUUAACCUCUACUCUCUAGAAGGAAAUAAACGCUUGUAACAAAUAGGAAGGAAAAAAGGUGUAGUUCUACCAAAAAGGCAUAAUGCAUUAAUAACAGGUACAAUAGAAUAUAGGAAGAAGUUUGACUCGAUAAGGUCUUUGUCCUGGGAUCAUGUCCUUUACCAAGCUGCUCCAUCGAUUUUCCUUCGGUUGUCCCUGGUUCAACUGCGUGGUUUCACUUCAUAGAUCGCUAACUGGUCUGCACCCGGUUGAUAUUUGUUUUGUAAAUAUUUUUUUUUUCACGCCGUUUUGGCCGUCUGUUUAUCUUGAUGCCUUAUUUUCAAAGCGUUAGUCCAGGAGCUUAGUACAGCAAGAGUUUUUUUUUCGUGUGUGCAUUUGUCAAACAAUUGCACUACCAAUCGACGAUCUUCAUGUUGCAGUUUGUAGCUGUAACGAAUAUGCUAUGAACCUCGAUCACUGCAUUGGACAUGGUAGUUUCAAUGGCAGAGAACAAAGUGUUAGUACUAAUAAAUAUUAGUAAUAUUUAAGGACAAGAGAUUAUAAACUACUAAUAAUCUCUUGUUAUGAAAUAAUAUAAACGCUUGUCUGAUGAAAACGGGUAAACUGAUUUUUAUAAAAAUGUAGGAAAUUUUAUUGGGAUUAAUAACAGACUUGUAUAUGAAUACCUUAACGGUAUGUUGGUUUAAUAGAAUGAAACAGGAUUAGAAGAUAGCGAACCAAGUCUACCCGAUUCAGCAAAACUCACUCAGCCUCCUGCGGAAUACAUGGAUCUCAUAGAAGUCAACAAACAUGAUAGAAAAGCACAAAGUACUGCUUCAGGUGCUGAUUACGUGCCUCUUCAUCCGUUAACACGCUGCUGGGAAGUUUCAAGACACCACGUGACCAUAGAAAAAAUUAUUGGUAAAGGUGCUUUUGGUCAGGUUGCCAAGGGAACAGCAGUAGGACUUCGAGGGAGUCCUGAAACGACCACAGUGGCUAUUAAGAUGCUUAAAAGUGAGUUCUUGAACUGUAAAUUGAAUGAGAGUCUUGGCCUACAGUCAUAUACUGUUACCGGGUUACCGUAACUUUUUAGCUAUUUGUGAUUGGAUAAGUUAUGUCGCUAUUUCAACAUUUUGCAUAUUAUUCCCGUAAACCAAAUUUUACUCCUUGUUUUAACGCUCCAGAAAACGCUACUGAAUCGGACAAGAGAGAUUUGAUGAAAGAACUUGACACAAUGAAGCAGCUGAAACCACAUCCUUACGUCAUUAAACUUCUGGGAUGCGUUACAGAAUCUGGUAAGCUUUGAUUAUGGGGUCUAAUUUUGCUGUACACAUUUUGCAUCUGAUUUACUCUGUAAUGCCUUCUCGUCAUUGAUAAUUUGCUUCAGUGGAAGAUUCACUGCUUCACAAUUGCGCACAACAAACAACGCAUAUGGUAAUUUUAUCCUUUUUUAGCUAACAGCGACGCUCUUGGAUUUGCUGAUAGACGAAGACCAAAUAUUUGCCAUUGUACAAGCCAUCCUGUUGUAUAAGCAGAAUCGCUUUUUCUAAGGGAAUAUUUGAUCUGUACCUUCUUAUGAGAUCGUUACAAAGUUUUCCAGCUUUUCAUCGUAAAACUACAUCUUGUUUUCGUGCGAUUUCUUCAAAUGUAUUGACCCUGACUGCUAUUUAUUUUUUUUUAUUGCUAAUUUUUUUAGAGAGAAAAUAUCUAAAUGAAACUGUUUAAUUUCCUCAGAACAGCUGCUGGUUUUGAUUGAAUAUGUGCCUUUUGGGGAUCUGCUGGGUUACCUGAGAAAGAGCCGUGGAUUAAAAGACACUUACUUCCAAGACCCGGAAGUCAAACCACAAACAAAUCUGACGUCACAGCAGCUGAUGAAGUUUGCUUGGCAAAUUGCUGAUGGAAUGAGUUAUUUGUCCUCAAAAUCUGUAAGUUAAUUAAAAAGGCACCAAAGAAAAACAAUUCUAAAACCUUCUUGUAAGAUGUAUCGUCAUGUUAAGCUAUGUCUUGCAUAGGAAAAUACGUCUUCACAAGAUCACGCCCGGGAUAUGCAAACGUAUUCUUACCGUCUUGUUGAGGCUAUUUCUUUAGGGCCAGGAACCCUACCAAUUUUGACGUCAUCGCCUAAGUUAUAUUUCAGUGUGCGAAUGGCGAUAUUUGUGCAUCGUUGCAAGUGUACCUCAUCGAAAUAAAAUAUCUGGGUUUUUCUCGUGUAGGCAAAGGCAGAGACGUGAAUGAAUAGGAUCUUUAAUUCAGCCUAAACUGAGUGUACAACGAAUAUUCAUUUUAGUGACAAGAAAGAAAAGGAAUCAAAACUUGAAAUUAAAAAAUUCGUCUUUGGUUGCUAAAAUGCUACAUUACAGAACCCUACUUCGAAUAAAAUCUUCAGAUAAGCUUUCUAUGUAAUAAUUAUGAAUUGCAGAAAUAAAGUGGUUUGCUUCUCUUUGGAAUAUGGAACAGCGAUUAUAGUAAUUUUAAUUUUCUGCCAUCUGGAAUAAAGAGAAAUACACACACCAUAUUAUGUCGCUGGAUAUUUCUAUUUUCCUAUCUGAACCAUUUAAUUUCAGUUCUUUUUCUUCUGGAAUCGCUAAUUUUUGCUCUCGGAUCAAUGCUUUCUUAGAUCAUUCACCGAGACCUUGCGGCUCGUAAUGUGUUGGUUGGACAUAAGGAAACUUGUAAAGUGACAGACUUCGGAAUGGCAAGAGAUGUGCAGCAGGAAAAUAUUUAUGAACGAAAGACUAAGGUAUUCAAGAAAGAGGGGAGGUGGGGGCGGUACUACAUAUCGUUCAGUUUAGUGAUCUUUGACAAUCAUUGUACUCCUGAUUUCGAUGACAAAAUCCUUGGACGGGACCGUAAUGAAAAUAUUAGCCUUGCGUAUACGAGUAUAAUUUUAAAUAUUACUGUCUUUGACCGGUCGCUUCCUAUAAUUUUUUAGCUGUUUCACAAAGUGAUAUUUGAAAUCUUUAGGGCCGUCUUCCCGUGAAGUGGACAGCUUAUGAGGCCUUGAUGUAUGGUAAAUAUACCACCAAAAGUGACGUGUAAGUAUACCCGAUUAUUACUCGUAGCAAUUUUCCAACAAGUUUCACCAAUAGAAUAAGAGAGAGGGUAAGUUUUGGGCUCGGUAAAGAAAUAGAGAAAGAUGUUCUUCAUCCUCUCACGAGCGUUGGACAAUGAAAAAAUUCUUGACUCCCCAUGAGGAAUCGAACCUCAGACCAUCGGAUUCCGCGCUCCGAUGGUCAUACCACUGAGCCACAGAGACUCUUCAGUGAGUGAGGUUUAUUACUAAGUUCAUAUGACACGCGUCCUGCAUACUGCAAGGAUCAGCAAUGUCGAUAUAGAGUCAUGUUUGUACAUAAAAAUAAGAGAAAGAAUCGGAGCGCGGAAUCCGAAGGUCUAAGGUUCAAUUCCUCGUUGGGAGUCAAAAUUUUUUCUUUGUCCCACACUCGUGACAAGACGAAAAAAAUCUUUCUCUAAGUGUUAUAAAUUUUAACUAGGGCAUGAAUUCUAUGCUUUGUCAAAGAGUACAUGUAUUUUAAUUGUCGUAUAUAAUGUUAAUGUCUUCAGUCACCCAAUAUAUAUUUGUUUGAUUUGUCUUUCCGCAGAUGGAGUUACGGAAUUUUGCUGUACGAGAUUUUCACCAUAGGUAACAUCGAAUGGAAAUUUAUAAGGCCCUGUCUAUGUUUUUUGCUAUAUACCAUGUUUAAUUAAGCAAUUUAACGUGUUCAGUUAGACAAACGUAAUGAGCUUCAAACUACAUCAAAUGACCUGGGUGGCGUUUCAGUGAAGGUCGUUUUUUCGUCACAUUUAUAUUUCGAUGGUCUUAUGGUUCUUCCAGGUGGUUCACCUUACCCACGAAUGGAUGGAAGAAAAAUUGCAAACUUACUUCAGGAUGGAUACAGGAUGCCUAAACCACAACACGUCGAUGAAGAAUUGUAAGUGUUUUUUCAAUUCGUUCUCUCUCACCCUACAAGGAAGCGUUCUUUAAAUCUCUAACAGAUCAUUUGAACAAUACCAGGUAUCAGAUUAUGAUGAAAUGCUGGAAGAAUGACCCAGAUGCAAGACCAACUUUUACUGAAUUGAAAAAUCAGCUUAAGGACAUGGAAACCCUACACAAGGUGAGAAUUUUGAUCAACAUGAAAGUUUCUUUUCACGUUUGACCGACUGGCUUAGGCUCAGCUAAUUAGGGUUUUAAACAUAUUAGCGUUUAGCUUAGAUAGCGUGAUUUUUACGAAGUUUGGAUUGCAUCUUCUUGUUAUGUCACUGAAGCUAGCACUCCACGAAAAACGGGGAAGAAGCGAACUAGAAUGCCCCUGCUACAAUUGACUCAUUAUGGUUAUUUAAAAGAUGGUAGGAUUAUUGCAAAACUGCACUGAGACGCGCAAAGAGUAGCAGACGACGACGCCAUAAAAUACUUUAUUGAAUUUGUUUUGGUGUGAAAAGCUGACCACUUGUGAGGAUAACGCUUAUAACUUAAGAGGAACACUUUUUUAAUGAUGCUGAUUAUUAUAUUAUUCUUUUCUGCAGAAGCUGAUCAACAUGACAAUGUACGACAAGCAGUUGUAUGCAAACGUCGAGGAUUUAACAAUGUAG